AAGCCAGCACGCUAGCUACCGGCUGCCCGCUAAUACUGCUGUGUUGUAACAGUCGAUGUGAUUAGCAGGCGCGCCACAUUAGCAACAGUGCGCCUCGACUUCCUUUGUGUGGCAGGUGUCGUAUCAGUCAACGAAAUACCGAGCGUGUACCCUGAUAGUUAACGGUCUGCGUACGCGUUUAACGGCCAAUUGUCCGUUCCGAACCCGAGGAAAGCCGAGCGGAAAUGCGGACGUAGCCGUUAGCCGGUGUCCCAGGCCGCGUAGAGAGGGAGGGCUGUCUGGCUAUAACCUUCACCCAGGCACGGGCAUAAAUGUCGCACACAGACCGCUUUACAUACUCGGUUGACGACGCUGAAGAAGAUGCGCAAGGACGUGAGGAUAUUACUAGUGGGCGAGCCCAAGGUGGGGAAGACCUCUCUCAUCAUGUCGCUGGUCAGCGAGGAGUUCCCAGAUGUGGUUCCCUACCGAGCUGAGGAGAUCACCAUACCUGCAGAUGUCACGCCAGAGAGAGUUCCCACUCAUAUUGUGGACUACUCAGAGGCGGAGCAAACAGAUGAGCAGUUGUUUCAGGAGAUUUCCAAGGCAAAUGUGAUUUGCAUUGUGUACUCUGUCAACAACAAGAAGUCAAUAGAGAAGGUGACCAGUCACUGGAUCCCCCUCAUCACUGAGAACACAGACAAAGACAGCAGGGUUCCUCUGAUCCUGGUGGGGAACAAGUCUGACCUGGUUGAACAUAGCAGCAUGGAGACCAUACUGCCCAUUAUGAACCAGUACAGUGACAUAGAGACUUGUGUUGAGUGCUCAGCGAAGAACCUGAAGAACAUCUCGGAGCUGUUCUACUAUGCCCAAAAGGCUGUUCUCCACCCCACAGGUCCCCUCUACUGUCCAGAGAAAAAAGAUAUGAAGCCACUUUGCAUAAAAGCUCUAACUCGAAUCUUCAAAGUGUCAGACCUUGACAAUGACGGCAUUCUCAAUGAUAAUGAGCUCAACUUCUUCCAGCGUACGUGCUUUAACACGCCAUUAGAGCCUCAAGCGUUAGAGGACGUAAAAAAUGUUGUGAGGAAGAAUUUGAUUGAUGGAGUGUGUCACAAUGGCCUCACUCUGAAAGGCUUCUUGUUCCUUCACACGCUGUUCAUUCAGCGAGGUCGCCACGAGACAACCUGGACAGUGCUAAGGAGGUUCGGAUAUGAUGAUGACCUGGAGUUAAAUCAGGACUAUCUCUUCCCUCCGUUGAAAAUUCCUCCAAACUGCACUACAGAGCUCAACCACAAUGCCUACCUCUUUCUGCAGAGUGUCUUUGACAAACAUGACAAGGACCGUGACUGUGCCUUGUCACCAGAGGAGCUGAAGGACUUAUUUGAGGUUUUCCCUUACAUGCCAUGGGGCCCGGAUGUCAACAACACAGUUAGCACUAAUGACCAGGGCUGGAUCACCUACCAGGGGUAUCUCUCACAGUGGACGUUGACAACUUAUCUGGAUGUCCAACGAUGUCUGGAGUAUUUAGGUUAUCUGGGUUACUCAAUAAUCGCUGAGCAGGAGUCCCAGGCAGCAGGAAUUACAGUGACCAGAGAUAAGAAGAUUGACCUGCAGAAGAAGCAGACCCAGCGCAGCGUCUUCCGCUGUAAUGUCUUUGGAGAUGUUGGCAGUGGCAAGACUGGCUUCCUCCAAGCCUUUCUGGGUAGAAACCUCAUGCGCCAACAAAUGAUUAAAGAGGAGCACCGAUCAUACUAUGCCAUCAGUACAACCUACGUUUAUGGCCAGGAGAAAUACCUUCUUCUUCAUGAAGUAUUCUCUGACUUUGACUUCCUGUCUGACGCUGACCUGGCCUGUGACAUUGUCUGCCUGGUCUACGAUGUCAGCAACCCUUACUCCUUUGAAUAUUGUGCUAAAGUCUUCAAGCAAUACUUCAUGGACAGCAAGACCCCGUGUAUGAUGAUAGCAGCAAAGUCAGACCUGCCAGAGAUCAAACAGAUGUAUGGCUGCAGCCCUCUGGAGUUCUGCAGGAGGCACAGGAUGCCGCCUCCUCAGUACUACACCUGUAACACAGCUGCAGCGCCCAGCAGAGACAUCUACACCAGACUUACCACCAUGGCCAUGUACCCCCACGCCCGGCUGCGCUGCAUGUGCACUUGUAACCGGUGCACAUUCUGCUUGUGUCAGAACUUCCUCAACUCUGAGCUGCUGCAGACGGUCAGGGCCAAACUCGCCGCUGUCGUACUCAGAAGACAUAUAAGUCAAGCAGACCUGAAGACUUCAACCUUCUGGCUGAGAGCGAGUGUUGGAGCCACAGUGUUUGCUGUGCUGGGCUUUGCUAUGUACAGAGUGCUCCUCAAAACACGGUGAUCCUCAAGCUCCCAGAUCCAACCUUCGUUACCCGUGGUACAUCAUCAAACUACUUUGACCAGUGAAAACACAAGGUUUCUCCCCAUUUGCAUUUAGUAAAUUAUUUUGUCCUUUGAAAACCUCAGUCAUUGUUCUGUAAUUUAACAGGGCCCCUGUUAAAGAAAGAAAAAAAAAAAGUGCAUUUUAUUCUGGGAUGAAACAUCUGAACAAGGUCACACAAACAAAGCUUCUGUUUUUGCAUUUUCAUUCAACAGUGUUUCUCUUGUUGGGGAUAGAAGUAUUUAAUUUUGUACCAAAUUGCUAAUUUGCUUAAUCUGUCAUCUGCUUCAAGCAAAGAUACUAUAUUUAUAUUUAUAUGGGAGCUAAGGAUAAGCUGCUGCUGAGUUGUAGUGAGUUACAUACAGUUUAAAGCUUAUUUUUGGUUGCUUGCUGAUUGAUAUGAGGAACAACCUGUUGUCACAUAUAGUAUAUUAGGGUUUGUGAUGUAUAAGGUAUGCUAUAGAAGUAACUCUUUUGAACAGUAUGUAUAUACUGUAUAUAACUUAGAUUGUGCGUUUGUUCUUGUCCAACGGGCCAUGUCUAAUCGACUUAAAAAACACUGAUUGCAGAGGUAUUACUUUAACAGCCUGGUUAUGAAAUUGCACAAACGUUGGCUUUGAUCAUGUCUGAAUUAUAGUUUUCUUUCCAUACUCAAAUGCCUGGAUGCACAUGUUUUAUGCUUUUUUCUUUUCUUUCUUUUUUUUUUUUUUUAAGUUUGUACAUGUAAGCAGGUAAUUGUUAUAUCAGUGAAUGCGUGGAGCUCUUCCAUGUCUCCCCACAUCGGUCACUUUCAUGCGUGUUUAUGUGCUGAAAUACCAUAAUAAACUCACACCACACAGUCAUUGCACACAUUUUGUGUUUGCAUGCUUUCGAAUUUCUAAUCACAUUAUUGUGUUUUAAGACUAACUGUAAAAAAAUGAAUUGCAACGCCAACUUCUCCGCUUGCUAUGUCCCAAUGAUCCUGAAUUGUAGUCUCUUAAGUUUCUUCACCCGAGUGCUGAACUGAGGGUAGUUGGGUCAUUUGAUCAUUGUUGUGAUCCCCAGUGAGUUACAAAAGAUGCAAUAAUAAUGUGGCCCCAAAUGAUAACUGUUAUUUUGCAACUACUUGCCACACGGUUUAGUUCAUGUAUUUACUCAGCCCUGCCUUUCCAAAAGUUUACAAUAAAUAAAUAUGUCUGUAACA